ACCCCUCGUUCAACUUCCAACAGCUUCAGAAACACAACACGCGCGCGAUCCAGCCCUUCCUCGACCUCGUGCAAUAUGUCUUGCAAGCAUGUUAAUCUGGAAUCACUAAGACCUCCGCGGCCAAACCAGUCUGUGUAUCGAGAGGACUGCACACAGUGCUUUGAUUCGAUUGAUGAUCCUACAGGGCUGGACGUCUGCUUAAGUUGCUUCAACGGAGGCUGCACAGGCGACCGUCAACAUGCAGCUCUCCACCGAGCCACCAGGAACCAUCCUUUAGUCUUGAAUAUUCGAAGGACUCGAAAGGUCGUAGUGCGUGACGAACCUCCGCAAAAAAUGUCCAAGAUUGCUAUUGCGGCCGAAACCGAAGCAGAUCGAUAUGAUUACCACACCAGUGUCCGAUGUUACGAAUGCAACAUUGACAAUGUUGACAAAUCUGCGGGCAAGCUUCCUGCCGUCGUGGAUGGAGUAAUGAAGGCAAACACAUUCUCUCGGCAGGAAGAGGUCAAGGCUUGGGAGCAGGAGUUCACAACUUGCGAGCACAUCCUCACCCUCCAGCAGGAAGCUCCAAGAAAGAUCCAAUCUCAAGACCUCGGUCACUGCUCUCUUUGUGACCUUCAGGAGAAUCUCUGGCUUUGCCUCCAAUGUGGUAAUUUAGGCUGUGGCCGUGCCCAAUUUGGAGGACUUCGUGGUAACUCCCAUGGUCUGGAACACAAAAAUACCACUGGUCAUCCGGUAGCUGUCAAGUUAGGAUCUAUCACAUCUGAUGGCACGGCAGACGUUUAUUGUUAUGAGUGUAACGAGGAGCGAAUAGAUAACGACCUUGGAACUCACCUCGCCCAUUGGGGCAUUAUGCUUGCCGACCGCCAGAAGACGGAGAAGAGCUUGAUGGAGAUGCAAGUUGAUGAAAAUCUACGUUGGGAGUUCUCUAUGACUGAUGAUGAAGGCCACGAGUUAAAGAAAUUGUUUGGCGAGGGCUUCACAGGAUUGAAAAAUAUCGGCAAUAGCUGUUACCUUGCUAGCACUCUGCAGUGCCUCUUUGCCUUGCCACAAUUUCAGAAGCGUUACUACUUGCCCAAGGAAGAAUUACCUGUGGUGGAAGACCCAGCCCAGGAUCUCGAGACACAAUUGCGGAAAAUAGGAGAUGGAUUACUAUCCGGCCGGUAUUCUCACCCUGACCGUGACGUUGUCUCAUCCGAUCCGUCGGACACCCCAUUUCAGAGGGGACUUGCGCCAUCAAUGCUGAAGCACCUGGUUGGAAGAGGUCAUGCUGAGUUCUCAACAAUGCGGCAGCAAGACGCCUUCGAGUUUCUUCUUCACAUCUUCCAGCUCAUCUCACGUUCGCAACACACAUCUACCUUGGAAGACCCCACGAAAGCUUUCCAAUUUGUCAUGGAAGAACGCUUACAAUGCCUGAAGUGCCAAAAGGUUCGGUAUCGUACCGAUGAACAGGACAACAUCUCUAUCCCAGUGCCGUUAAAAAAGGCUGCAAAACAGACAGCAACUGAGGAUGGAGUCGAUAAUGGCAACGAAGUGGACGAAUAUGAACCUGUAACGUUGAAGCAAUGCCUAGACAGUUUCACAGCUACAGAAAUCGUGGAGCUCACGUGCUCUGCAUGUGGCAGCAAGGAUGGAUUCUCAAAGCGGUCACUCUUCAAGACUUUCCCUGAAGUUUUGGCUGUCAAUGCACGUCGAUUUGUUCUUGUCAACUGGGUUCCCACCAAGGUCAACGUGGCAGUUGUCGUUGGUGACGAGCCUUUCCUCCUCGAUGACUACAAAUCGGCCGGCCAUCAACCUUCGGAAGAGCUUCUGCCUGAAGAUGCCAGCGAUAGCAAACCCUCCUUUGUUGCCAACGAGGAAGCCGCUCAACAACUGGAAGGUAUGGGAUUUCCUCGGAACCGCUGCGAAAAGGCAUUACAUGCCACUGGCAACUCGGAUGCAAAUGCAGCCAUGGAGUGGCUCUUCGCACAUAUGGAAGAUCCUGACAUUGACGCGCCCCUGGACCUUGGUAGUGGUGGAGCAGCAAAAUCAGGUACUGCCGACCCUGAGCAGAUUGAGACGUUGGGUGCUAUGGGUUUUGCUCCACCCCAGGCACGCCAGGCUCUGAAGGAGACUGGCGGCAACAUGGAACAAGCUGUCGAAUGGCUUUUCAAUCAUCCAGAUGCUCAAGGCGUAUUCGAAGACGAAGCCCCGGUUGCAGACAAUGCUGGCCCGAAGGAGCUUCCUGGAAAGAGCGAUCUACCUGCCAAGUUCCAGCUGGACUCAAUCGUCUGUCACAAAGGUGCCAGUGUUCAUGCAGGGCAUUAUGUAGCUUUCGUCAGAAAGCAAAUCCCCGGUGAAGCCUCCCCGGACUGGGUUCUUUUUAAUGACGAGAAGGUUGUGAAGGCAACUGACGUCGAAGAAAUGAAGAAGUUCGCCUACGUAUACUUCUUCAAGCGGGCGUGAUGGAAAUAGGUAAUAGAUUAUCGUUGCUGUAGUGGUUGGUGUACGCGGC